AGCACUUGCCAGUCACCAGUAGCUAGCUCCCCCUCUCUCUCCAAUGGCUCGCGUCGUCGCCGCCGCGCCGCUUCUCCUGUUCCUCCUCCUUGCUUCGUCGUCCGCGGCCUUUGCCGUCACGGUGCUCGGCCGCAAAGGCAGUACCGCGGCGGAGGGGCCCGUGCAGUUUCCGGGGGUGGGCAAGUACACCGUGAUCUUCGAUGCCGGGAGCACAGGCACGCGCGUGCAUGUCUUUAAGUUUGACAACAAGAUGGACCUCCUUGAGAUCGGCGACGACAUCGAUCACAUACCAAAGAGGCUGGGUGAUGCCACGGGCGAUGGCCAACCCUGUGCGUGCGGCGCCUAGGUCCAGACGGACGAAAUUUAGUACCACCUCAUGUAUAUG